CACACACAUACACACACACACACACACGCCCACAUUCCACUGAGGAACGUUGUGUGAUGUAUAAUUAUUCACAGGAUUAGAUAACGUGACUUUUGGAGCCACACUUAAGGAUUGUCAUUCUAGAUGAACGCUUGCUUUUACUGCAGUGAAACCGUGUGAAGAAAAAACAACAGUAGAUUCAGGAAAGAUGUCUUCCCAAGUCAGACUGAGGCUGCUGCCGAGAGCCAGAUGCAUGUUCGAUGAGCCCGUCCAGGUGAAGGUGGCCGGGCUGAGGUCCAGACAGGUGGUCACCGUGAGAGCCAGAUCGACCGACGAGAAGGAAGUGGUGUUCAGCUCCUCGGCCACCUACAGGGCCGAUGGGGGCGGGGAGGUCGACCUGGAGAGGGACCCCUCUCUCACUGGGAGCUACACCGGGGUUGAGCCCAUGGGUCUGCUGUGGUCCAUGAGGGCAGACUCUUUGCACAAAAGGUUUCAAAGAACAAAGUCACUAAACCCUCACGUGGUGAAGUUCUCCGUGCACGAGGAGGAGGGCAGGAUGCUGGCAGAGGCGACCAAUGAGAGGCUUCUGAUUGGAGACGGGGUCAGCAGGCACACGGUCAAAGAGGGGAAUGUUCGUGGGG